AUGCUCGAGGCACCGGUGAGCUCGAUUCGUGUAUUGUUUUCCUGGGAAUGGUUCCCGGUAUGGAUUCUAGUUGCAGGAACAUGUCUUGGUCUCUAUCGUCUGACAUUGCACCCACUAUCAACGUUCCCGGGUCCCUUUUGGGCCAAAAUCACCGGUCUUUGGCGCUCGAGGCGAUACUUUGCCGGUACUUGGCAUGAGGACAUUCUCGCUCUGCACCGAAACUACGGUCGCGUUGUAAGAGUGGCCCCGAAUGAGCUUUCUAUUGUCGAUGAAAACGCCAUGAAGCUUCUCUACGGCCAUGGCCACAAUUCUACCAAGACGGCAUGGUACCAGGUGUGGGAAAUGCCGGAUGUCGCCCCCGGGCUCUUCGCGACCCAAGACAAAAACAUCCAUUCCUUCCUGAGGAAGCGGGUUUCGUCGGCGUACUCUAUGACCAGCAUCCUGAGAUACGAGCCAUACAUCCAGGGCAUGCUGAACCUCCUCUUCUCUAAGCUCGCAGCACACUCGCGGGCUGGGCGAAGUGUAAACAUGUCCGACUUCACCAACGCUUUGGCCUUCGACGUGGUCGGAGAGCUCGCCUACAGCGAGCCGAUGGGCCAUCUUGAAACCGAAACGGACGUCAUGGACUUGCGCAAAAUCAUCUUCAACGGCUUCUUCGUCAUGGGCAACCUUGGGCACGCAUGGGGUCAGAUGAUAUGGUUCAAUAACCCUAUAAUGAGGCUGGCCAUGAAGUUGAAGCCGCAAGUCCAGUCCUUUGAUGCCUUCCAACAGUGGAGCGCGAUGAGGGUGAAAGAGAGACUGGAUAACCUCGGUGACACCAAGCGAUACGAUAUGCUGACGCACUUUGUUGGCAUGAAGGGAGCGGACGGUGGGUCCGCGUCUUUCGGGGAGGUGCUGAUCGAGGCCAUGAAUAUUAUAGGCGCCGGCGCUGACACAACCUCCAUCGGGAUGCGGACGUGUCUCUACUACAUCUGUACGCGCCCGGAGGUCUUCAAAAAGGUCCAACAGGAGGUCGACGCCUUCUACGAGACCCGAGAAUCGGCGGCGCCGAUCUCGUAUCUAGAGACCCAGACGCUGCCGUACCUGCAGGCAGUCGUCAGAGAGGCACUUCGAAUGCUACCGUCGAUCGUCUGGCAGCUCUUACGGCACGCCCCUGUGGGGUUGGUGGUCGACGGCAAGGAGAUUCCGGCGGGCACGAUCGUCGGUAUCAGUCCGCUCGCGCAGAACCGCGAUCCCGCAAUCUGGGGCGACGAUGCUGACGAGUUCCGUCCGGAACGCUGGUUGGAGAGCGAGGACCGCUCCCGAUAUCUCGAGUCGCGCAAUAUGACAUUUGGGGGCAACGGGCCACGCAUGUGUAUUGGUCGCAACAUUGCACUGGUUGAAAUACACAAAUUUGUUGCCCAGAUAGUUCGCAACUUCGAUGCCGAGUUUGUGGACCCCCAGAACCCGUGGAAGAUUUCAACGACGUGGUUCGCGUAUCAAAAGGACAUGCACAUGCGAUUCAAGCUCAGACCUCACACUCGAAUUUGA